CUGGAGCAGUUGCUGGGACAACGGGCGCGGUUUUAGUCUUAAUUCUAACACACACAUUUGCAGACCCACUUCUUCCGGUUUGCCAUUUAACAACAAACAAUGGAAAUAAUACCUACAUGAAAAUGUGUAAAAUACUAUUGGUAUCAUUCUUUUUCAGUUUUGUUCGGGCGUUUUCUAACCCUUCAAGUUUUAAUAUAGGUGGUGUGUUAAGUAAUAACGAAAGCGCUGUAUUUUUCAAACAGACCAUACAGCAUCUCAACUUUGAUCAGCAAUAUGUCCCCAAAGGUGUUGUUUAUUAUGACAAAGCAAUUUUAAUGGAUCAGAAUCCAAUAAAAACGGCUUUGAAUGUAUGCAAGUAUUUAAUAUCAAAUAGAGUUUAUGCUGUAGUGGUAUCGCACCCACUUACAGGAGAUUUAUCUCCUGCAGCUGUUUCCUAUACGAGUGGGUUUUAUCAUAUACCUGUCAUAGGUAUAUCUUCUAGAGAUUCAGCGUUUUCUGAUAAAAAUAUUCACGUCUCAUUUCUCAGAACUGUGCCUCCUUAUUCUCAUCAGGCAGAUGUAUGGGUUGAACUUUUGAAACACUUCAAUUAUAAGAAAGUUAUAUUUAUUCACAGUUCUGAUACUGACGGUCGCGCGUUACUUGGAAGGUUCCAAACUACUUCUCAAAGUUUGGAAGAUGACGUAGAAAUCAAAGUUCAGGUUGAAUCGGUAAUCGAAUUUGAACCUGGUCUCGAAACAUUCGCAGAGCAGUUGCAAGAAAUGAAAAAUGCUCAAGCAAGGGUAUAUCUCAUGUAUGCAAGUAAAACAGAUGCAAAGGUCAUAUUUCGAGACGCCGCAAUGUACAAUAUGACCGAAGAAGGUUACGUUUGGAUUGUUACUGAACAAGCUCUGGAGGCAGAAAAUGCUCCUGUGGGUCUAUUGGGUUUAAAACUGGUCAAUGCAACAAACGAAAGAGCCCACAUUAAAGAUAGCACUUACGUUCUUGCGUCGGCAUUACGGGAUAUGAACCAAACAAAAAUUAUAACUGAAGCCCCAAAAGAUUGUGACAAUUCUGGAUCAAUAUGGGAGACAGGGAAAGAUUUGUUUUAUUUUAUCAGAAAGCAAGUGCUGUUAAAUGGUGAGACAGGUAAGGUGGCGUUUGACGAUCAAGGGGACAGAAUCAAUGCCGAAUAUGAUGUAGUAAAUAUCCAAAGGAAUAAAAACCAAGUGGCAGUUGGAAAAUAUUAUUUUCAUAAGCAAUCCGAACAAGAUAAUGGAAGGAUGCAUUUAACAGUGGAAGAAAGACGAAUCCUUUGGCCAGGAAGAACCAGUAUUAAACCUGAAGGAUUCAUGAUACCCACUCACCUAAAAGUGUUAACAAUCGAAGAAAUUCCUUUUGUAUACGUGAGAAAAUUGAAAGAUGAAAAAGACAAGUGUAACGAGGAAGAAAUACCAUGUCCUCAUUACAAUUCAUCGCAAGACGAGUACGAACAAUUUUGUUGUAAGGGUUACUGUAUGGAUUUACUAAGAGAAUUGUCCAGAAAGAUUAACUUCACGUAUAAUUUGGCUCUUUCGCCAGAUGGACAGUUUGGAAAUUAUGUCAUUAAAAAUAAUUCUGUUACCAGUAAAAAGGAAUGGACUGGGCUUAUUGGGGAACUAGUAAACGAAAGAGCCGAUAUGAUAGUUGCACCACUCACAAUCAACCCCGAAAGGGCCGAAUUCAUUGAGUUUAGUAAGCCUUUUAAAUAUCAAGGAAUAACAAUUUUAGAGAAAAAGCCUUCUAGAUCGUCAACUCUGGUGUCUUUUCUGCAACCUUUUAGCAACACAUUGUGGAUAUUGGUGAUGGUAUCGGUCCACGUUGUCGCUUUAGUUCUUUAUUUACUCGAUAGAUUUUCUCCCUUUGGAAGAUUCAAAUUAGCUAACGCUGACGGUACGGAAGAAGAUGCUUUAAAUCUUUCUAGCGCCAUUUGGUUUGCGUGGGGCGUUUUGUUGAACAGUGGUAUUGGUGAAGGAACUCCGCGGAGUUUCUCGGCAAGAGUGUUAGGUAUGGUCUGGGCAGGAUUUGCCAUGAUCAUUGUGGCAUCGUAUACUGCCAACUUGGCAGCUUUUCUCGUGUUGGAAAGACCAAAAACGAAAUUGACUGGAAUAAACGAUGCUAGAUUACGAAACACAAUGGAAAAUUUGACAUGUGCUACAGUGAAAGGUUCAGCAGUGGACAUGUAUUUCAGAAGGCAAGUAGAGCUUUCGAAUAUGUAUCGAACCAUGGAAGCAAAUAAUUACAACACUGCUGAAGAUGCGAUAAGAGAUGUCAGAGAAGGAAAAUUAAUGGCAUUUAUAUGGGACAGUUCACGUUUGGAAUUUGAAGCAGCACAAGAUUGUGAAUUGGUGACCGCAGGAGAACUAUUCGGAAGGUCUGGGUAUGGAAUCGGACUCCAAAAAGGUUCUCCUUGGUCAGACGACGUCACCUUAGCAAUACUGGACUUCCACGAAAGCGGUUUCAUGGAAAGUCUUAAUACAAAGUGGAUACUUCAAGGAAAUCCUGUGAAACAAUGCGAACAAUUUGAAAAAACACCAAACACUCUCGGUUUACAAAAUAUGGCCGGCGUUUUUAUUUUGGUUGCCGCUGGAAUUGUAGGGGGUGUUGUUUUAAUAGUUAUCGAGAUGGCGUAUAAGAAACACCAGAUUAAAAAGCAAAAACGUAUGGAACUAGCUAGACAUGCAGCUGACAAGUGGAGAGGCUGUGUGGAGGUAAUCCUUCAAUUAGUUUAUGGAUUGCGACACUAUAAUCAAAAACAAAACAGUCAUUCAGAAUAUGGACAAAUUUUAUGGUUACAUAUAAAGUUAAGACUUUCACUAUCCCUGUCUAAUUGUGGUAUUUUUCGGGCUGAUUGACCGUGGUUGAUGGUAAUAAAGAAAUCUUCCAAAUCCUUUACAACCUUGACGCUAGCCAUUACCAUCGGCCAUGGCUAAGCACCCCGGAAAAUACCACAACUACUUUACGGAACAUGUUUGCAUAAUAAGGGGACGGCCCGCUAGAAACAGGGAGUAGAUGCAGAAGGUGAAAUUUCUCAAUUACGUCAUUGAAAUGGGCUGUGCUCACAAUUUUAUAGAAAAGUGGAUGAGUUGAAACAAAAUGCUU